CAAGGUUCUAGCACCAUGACUGGGAAAUGGGUUAUCUUUUCUUUGUUUACAGCGGUGAUUCAAAACAAGCACUGACAAGAUUUAGUACUGGUUUUACCAAGGAUGGAAAUUGGCAAUUAAGCAUCGAAACAUGUAACUAUAAGGCAAAGAAAUGAAGCUUGAGCUUGAGGUGUUGGCCUCUACUAACAUCAAGAGGAAAAAACCAUGGCCAAAAAUAGUUUGGGUUGGAGAGGAAAAAGAAAGCCUCCUUUUACUGGACAAUAAAUCACAUCGACUGAGUGUUUUAUAUGUUCCAUCUGGAAAUACCAAACGUAGAAUUAACAAAUUAUCUCCCUUGUUAGAACAAGCAGAGAUUAUAACAACAACUAAAAAUGGUCGUUAUGUAAUUGGUUUCUUAAAAAGUGGUGAAGUCUUUAUAUGGCAUAAAGAUCAGGAUAUAUUAAAGUCAAUCCAUGGUUUGGAAAGCAUUGUUUCUGAAGAGGAUUUCGUUCAUGGUAAAACAGCAAUUUUCUCCUCUAAUGAUUGUAAGCAUAUCAUAGUUAUAUUGGGUACCAGUCAUAUAUAUAUCUGGAAUAGAGAGCAAACUGAAUCAGUUCUAGAGUCCAGGGUACCUGAAAUUAGAGGAACAUGGAAUCUAAUUACUGUCCCCACUGAGGCAGGAAUACCAAACCAUGACGAGUGUCCAGAAUGCAGUGUAGAGGGAAUCUUUUUUACCCAUCAGAACCUUGGAUUUUGCAGUCAGAUUUCUUUUGCAUUUAAUAAGGACAAAGGUGUAAGCAUUGUCACAGUCUUACUAAGCUUUAAUGUGGAUGGAAAAAGGAGUUUACAAAUAGCUGGUAAAACACUACGUAAUGAGAAUUUAGAAGCUUUAAGCUUGCCUCCGGUUAAUGUAGAAUGGACUGUUAUCCAUUACCCUUUGAAACUCAUCCACCCAAGCUGUAAACCAGUCUACCGUCAAGGAGCAUUUAUAACCAAAUAUGCAGAUAAUGGUCAGGUGAUUGCUGUAGCAGCCAAUCAGGAGAAUCCCAUGCAUACAGGAGUGUUGUUUGCCUCCCCUCUUUGUGAUACAGUACUUCCUGUCAGCCUUAAUGGGUGUGGAUCAAGAGAUCCUUAUUCUCAGACUGGAAGGAAUUUCUGGGUGUCCGAUAUGGAAUGGACAUGUGACAGCCUGUUUUUAGCCUGCUCUCUGAUGAAUGGCUGUGUGUGUUUAUUAACAAGGCUAGGAGAACCUCUAGUGAUACAGAUAGUUGGAAAGUCACUAGAUAUGGGACCAUCACACUUUUUACCAUUACAUCCACUUCUUAUGGUCAGGGGAGAAGAAGACCUUAUUCAUUCUAGUCCUAAUGCCCAGAAGUUCUCCAUAUCAACACACCCUAGUCUCCCUAUCAUCUUAUUCUCUGAUGGUUUCAUGGUUACUGUGGUCCAGUUCAGAGCAGACGUCACAUGUCUGAGGAUGAUGAAGAAAUUUGUCUUGACGUCUGCUAAACAUCUGAAAGAAAUUUCUGAAAUGGCUAACCUUGAUGUGACCUUGACAGAUGCAUUCAAACUGCCAUCAGAAAGAGAUGAAGUAUCAGCAAGGUCAGCUGGAAGAAGACGUCUCUUUCAAUUUGAGGAAGAUUAUGGAAAUGACCAUGAAAGUGAAACAAGUUUUCUUGAGGAAAAUGAUUUAGCAUUUACAGGAAUGAAUGCUGGGAAAAUAGAGUUUUCUGAAGGUGGAUUUCUAGCGCUUGAUUCUGGGGAUUUCUCAGGUUUGACCAGACCAGAAAUGAUGUUGAAGCACAUGGAACUAGCUGAAAGUGCUUUGUUUUCAUCAUGGAAGUUAGCAACAUCAUACACUGAUGCAUGGACAUCUGAUAUUGACAAAGCAUCAAAACAGAUUGCACAUAAUUUUACAAAAUUGUUUACUAUCCUGUUAGAAUGUCGUGAUAUAGAUCAUAUACUGUCUCAUCGGAGAAAUUCUUCUGUUGCUGCUCAAAAUCCUCGUCUUUUUAGUGUAGUAACAACAUACAAACGUGCCAUGGAAUUACUUAGAUUUGAUAUUGUAAAUAAACACUUGCUUCCAGUCUCGCUGAAGUUAUCAUAUGAGACAGUCAAUUUAGUCUUGACCAGUACCGAGUUACAACACACAGACCCUCGUCUAAAGACUUUGUCGGGAUGUUAUGCUUUAUUGAAAUUCACUGAAGAAAUGUUAAACAAGGUAUACACAUGGAGUCAUCAUGAUGAAAUAUACACGGGUCUUCCCCUAGAAUCUCGAUCUGAUCAAAGGCAUGCUUAUGAACCAGCAGUUUUAAGAAACUUGUCUCCUAGAUCUAGACCUGUAACAAAUGAAGUAGACUAUUCCAAUUUAGAACAGAUUACAGGAGUUGUCUCCCCUCGGCCUGCAAAAUUACAGCAACCUGGAAAAAAACUAUGUGGUAGCUGGAAGUUAUUGUAUAGAUCUCUGUCACACUACCAGAAACACAUACAGCAGCAACCCACCAAUGAUAAGGAGCAAGAACAGUUAAUGAACUUAAUGUUUGCUGUUGAACAGAACAUAAGGCAAAGUGAUGGCAGUGUACCUAUUCAACCCUCUCCUAGAAUCACUCAGGGUGAACAUUUUAGUCUUGGUGGGAAGCAUACAAUGGCUAUAGAUGCCUGGAGAGAGGAACUGCAAAAAUUAUCAGAACAACCUGAAGAUAUUGAGAAGAAAAGCCAAGUUCUCCAUGCUGUGUUAUACACACAUUUACUGAAGGAUCAACUAUUGAAGGCCAUUGAUUUCAUAGAUGAACUGAUUAUACAUUCUAAUGUGAUGUCUACACAACAACUACGACUUCCACAUUCUAAACCGGGUGUAGAGAAACCCUCAUUAAUGACACUUGUUACAGAUACUAUCAAAUCACAGCAUACAGGUAACCAGUCUAUGGUACCAUGUAUACGUGACAAGGCUGUAAGACAAUUGGUACAGAGCAUGGCACGUUUUAUGGCAUCCUAUUUCUGUAAUCAGCCAGUCUACAUUUUACCACCACAUAGUGCGCAGCCUCUACCAUGUAUACAUCUAGGCAAUGGUAAACAGAAAAAUAACAGAAUAAUUCCCAAAUAUCAUGAGGAUAUAAACAAUGUAAUAUCCAAGGAAGGUUUAAGUAGGACCUGGACCACAGACAGAGCUAUGGAGUACCUGUUGUUAAGUGGACUAUUAUGUGAGGCCACAUGGUUUGCUGAUAAGAUGGGGGACUGGAAGGCUGGACUACUUCUAUCUGUGGCAUGUAUCAAUCACAGAAUAAUGUCCCCAAAACUUUACAAAAAGAAAAAGAGGCCCCUUAUGUUACCAGAUAACCUUUCUCCAGGUGCUAUACUACAAGACAAACUAGAAGCUUUAAUUCAUCUAGAUAAAGUCUCUCAAGAACAAAAACAGGACUUUAUUCCCAUAAACAACGAGACUAAUAUUGUACAGUUAACAAAAACAAUGGAAGAUUUAUUAAAGGCCGGGGUAAUCGGUGGAGUGGAGAUCAUGCCUUGGUUGUUGUCUAGUUUGGUUGAGCGAUUGAAGAAUACAGUCUCACGUCUACACCCUUUAGUACCUCAAGGAUUCUACCUCCCGUCACCUCCUCUGUAUUGUCCUCAACCCUCAGAUACAUCAGAGGAAAAGCCUACAACUGAAGUAGAAAUGGAGAAGAAAUUGAGAUUUGAGAUAUCGUCUAUGGUUCAGUUAAUACUUGUGAUACUGAAUGCUUCUCAUGUAUCACUACCAGCUACAAGAUGGUACGUUCAACAACUUGUUAAAGUACAGGAAAAGGCGGCACAGUUUAAGGCUACAACAGAAGGUCCCUGUUCAGAAUUACCAGAGAUUCUUGAGCAAUACAACUCUAUCCCAUCAUCAAUGUCUGAGUCUGAGCCAGGGGUCGUACAGAUCCUGACCAGCUUUAGAGAUUUUACAACAACACUGUGGCUACUACAUGCUCGAGAUACAUUGUCAAAGAAACUGAGACAGAAAGAAACUUAUCUUAAUAAUGUCAAUUAUCAGGACUAUGUCAGGGCAAGUUGGGAUGCUAAGCAGGGAGAUAAGUGGAUGAAGGAAUGCUUUAAUACUCUCCAGUGGGCAGUUCAUAUGCUAGCAUUCAGCCGAUUCCUCCCAGAGGAGGAAUGUGUUUACAAGAUAGCCUUGUCCCUCAUUCAGGAACUGAAGCCAGAGGAAGACACAGCUGAUAUUUUAGCUGAACAUUUUCAUGACGAAGAAAAUCUUGACUCUGAAGUCCAAGAUAAAUUGAAUAAGAUUAUACAGGAUUGGCAAGGUGUAACAAUUGAACCAGAAGAUGAUGGCAAAUCAGCAAGACCUGAACAGGAAAUCCCUGAAAUGAAUGACACUGACCCAGAUAAUGAGGGGAGGAAAUCAGUAACAUUCUUUCAAGCAUCUCCAAGGGGGAAGACUUUGUCAGUUUAUUUUUUUAAGCAAUGUGAAGUUGUAAUGAAAAUAUUGAAGAAAAGAAAAAAAGCUUAUGGUAGCUAUGAAGAAUUUGUGUUUGACUCUAAUACCACUGUUGCUGAAAGUCUCACGUCUAGUCUACAAAACAAUGGGCUUUGUCCUGGAUCACGACCUUUUGAAUCUAAAUUAUCAUACUUGGAAUUUUUAGACAGCUUUGUUGCAGUCUCAUUCACAAAAAUCAUUGAUGAAGAGAGAGAGAGGAAAGUAAUUAUUCCACCAUUAAUUCUGCCAUUUGCUGAAAACAUUUGGAAUAUGGAACUAGAAAACUUGAUCAAAAGGUCUGAACUCCCAGACCAAGAAAGGAAACAGUCCCUUAUUGUCAUGUCUCCUAAAGGUCCAAUGGGUCAAAGUCCACAUAGAGUUGGCAAGGAACCAGUUCAAAAAGGCAUGUUUAGAAGUGUAAGUGUGUCUAAUGAAGGGGAGAAACAUGGCCAUGGUGGUAUGAGUAAGUUUAUAAGUCAAGGAGGUGGACUGAAUUAUAUACCAGAGAAUGAGUUGGGAAAGGAAUAUAAUGCCCACUCACCGAACAGAAUGAAAGGCAAAAUGACGGGGAUGGUCUCAAAGUUUGCAGAAUCAGAAGAGGUACUAUAUCGUGAUCCCUCUCAUGAUCAAGAAAAACAGUGGUCACUAGAUGUUGACCUUGGAAAACGAUAUCAUCAUUUACAGAAUGUCUUACACUGGUUUUCUGUCUGGGGAAAGAAACAACAUUCGCUAGGUUUGGAAUGGAAAGGUGAAAAAGACUUGUCAUUCAGACCAAAAAUGAAAAUUGAUGCUCCAGUUGAACUUGUUGUAUUAACAAUAUGGUUACUUGAUAAUAAGUAUUCUCCUUAUGGCAAACCAUCUGGUCACCGUACCUUACCACAGACUCAAAAGGAAGAAAAUAUUAUUCAAGAGCAAAUGAGAGUUUCUGCUAGUAUGAAGGAAAGUGCUAAAAUGUUACAAAGUAGUGGGGAAUCAAAACGAAGAUAUCCAAAACCAAAACAAAACAAAAAUGGAUCCUUAAGUUUACAAAGUACAAAUACAGACAAAGAUUGGGAGAAUGAAUAUGAUAUUGAAGCUGAUGAAGUCCAUACAGAAUAUGAAAAAGUUUUAGAUGUGAAAGAAGACAGCAGUUCAAUAGAAGUAAGUUCAUUAGAACCAGAGGAGUAUGAUGAUUCACUGCGGAACACUUUGUCAUAUAUUAAAAAAUCUGGAAGUCUGAAUCAGCGAAAGAAAAGUCCAAGGAGAGAAAGGUCAUCUGAGAGCAGAAGACACUCAGUAGAUGACAGAAGGAGAAGGUCACCUGAUCAGUCAAUUGUUCACAACAGACAGCAUUCUCGGGAGAGGUACAGUAGAGGGAAUUCUGACAACAUUAUUGGUAAUGAUUUGGCUCACCAGCUUCAAGAUAUUGUCAGAGGAGAGCUUAGAAAAAUUAUGGAGGCUCAACAUAGAAGCAUGCUUGCAAUGAUGGGUGCUAUUGAUGGCCAAGAGGUACCAGCUGAUCAAUACUAUAACAGACCUUCAGAUUCCAGAAGACAUCAAAGCCCAAGACGAGACUUAUCACCAAGAAGGCGCCACGACUCAUUGGAGUCAAGUUUACCAAGAAGGAGGAGUCCCUCCAAUGAAGAUAGGAGAAGGUAUGUGUCAGGAUCAUUACCUAGAAGGCCUGUUGAAGAGCAAAUGACACAGAGUAUGGUGAUGGGUGAAUUAUCUGGUUCUAGGAGACAGAAAUCACCUGGCAGAGCAAAUAUAGGUGGUACUCUGAAAGAGUUACAAAAUUUGCAGGAAAACACCAAUAGAAGGAGAAGUAAAUCUCCACGUGGACAAGGACAUAGGUCAGAUGUCAAUAAGGAGAACUAUCAAAGUUUAGGAGGCCAGCAAGGAAGUGUUAAUUUGAUUCCUAAAUUUCUACGUAUGCAAGCAGAGCGAGACGAAGGAGAAUUUAGAUUACCACACAUUCCUAUUCCAGCUUGGGAAGAGCCACAGCAGCCACCACCAGGAAUAGGGAGAGAUUUUGGUAUGCCACUCCUACAGCUUAACGCUGGAUAUGCUCCCUCACAAUUGUUCCCUGGAUCUUACCGAGUGCCACAGGGACAAUACCCACCCCCUCCACCCCCCUAUGGAAUGGUAUCACAGCCACCAAAUGAUACUCCUUUACCACCUAUGUACCAAAGCAUGUUUCAAAGAAUAGAGAGGAGAGAAAAUGAUGGACCAACAAAGAUGGAUAUGCCACUGCUCAGUUUGCCAAAAGAUAAGGAUUUAUUAGGUCCGUCUGAUGCUGCAUUUGGUCGUCUGCUGGAUCCUCAUCUCAUCAUAAGCCAUGAACAAGAAAUCAAGCAGAAAGAGUUGUUGAAACAUAAACACAAUUUGGAUUUCUUGAGAUCUCAUGUUGAAAAUCUGGAAGACUUAGAAAAGCAAGAAGAAGACAAAGGGAAACAACUUUUGUCAGUUAAUCUUAAACGUCAAGAGAUGAAGGAUAAGCACGAGGAUGAAAGAAUUGAUAGAGGACGAAGUAGAAGAAGGAAACCAAGACCACAGAAACCUGCAUCAGGAUUGACACUGCAAUCUUCACAGGAGAGUCACAUGGAUGAGAAGGGAAGACCAGUAGAGGGCAGCACUGAAGAAGCAGAAGGUGAAACCAGUGAAGAUCAGAUACAUGAUGGUUAUGCUAUCAGACCAGGUUCCUAUGAGAAUUACCUCCAUAUGGACAAACAGAUGGGAUUUGAAGAAGAUACAAAUGCUAGAAUACAAUACAGGACUGCCAUGAUCAUGAAAAAACAACAAAGAAAGAAGGUUGACUUCUCUACGAUGACCCACAAUGUAGAGGAUGCUGAGAUGGAGACAGACCCUGCUAUGGAGAGGGAGUAUAUCAGAACAGCCGAAGCUUCUACAUGUAUUACUAAAGAUACAGGUGUUGACCCUAUACAGGAAGCUAUAGUAGAAUAUAACCGAGCCAGACAGGGCAAUGCUUUACCUCCAGAUAUAUACCUCGGUCUUAGGUUUGGUGAUACUGAACAACAACCAACAUCAGAUGUUACUACUAAAGGAAGAGAGAAACCAAAAGGACGUACAUAUCUUAAUGUAGUUGACCUUGAUGCAUCAGCCUUAUUACAUGACCUUCAUGAGAAACCAGACAAAGAAGAGAAGGUACAGCAUGACCUUGCCCUACAGCCAACAUCUAUGACUUUGACCUCUGCUAGAGAAGGAUUAGAAGCCAUGGAAUCUAACUUGAGAGAAGCUUUACAACCUAAGAUUCAACGUCCAUUUACACAAGAUGCUAUAACCGUCAAAAUGUUUGAGACUAAAGCAAAGGAUCAUGACAGAGUAUCGGUUGCUGUGAUGCCAAGAGAAAGCCUUCAAGGAACAAGAGCUAGUAUAAUCCAGAGACUGAGAGAUAUGAACUCACAAAUACAAGCCAUAGAUCACAUGUCAGACAAUAUAGAAAGAGGUUUCCAUGGCACUAGAAUGUUGAUAAGUACAUUAGAACAUCUAGCCGACACAGAAGAUACUACACCUGGUAUGCUUGAUGAUAGAAAAUCAGAAACUUUGACACCUAAAGUAUCCCAGAAAUCACCCAAGAGGAGUGCUAGAUCUAGUGCUAGGACUGAAGCCAAAUCUACUACCAGAAGGUCACCAUCACCAAAGGGUAAAAAGACAAGUUCUCAGGAGUUGGCCCGUAUCUCAGGUCUGAGUGGUAUCAGUGACAUUAUAGGAGAGAUGGUCCAGAAGGGAGAUAUUGACUUGGAAGAAGCUGGAUUUGAACCUGAAGAAGCCAAAUUCUUUGUGAAUCAGAUGAAGCACAGUGCUAGACGGGCAGAAAGUCCAGCACAGCAGGAGAGAAUAAGGAGAAGUCUACAGAAACUGGAGGAAUACGCCAAGACAAAGGAAGAAUAUCCAGACGAGAGAAGUGCUGAAAAGAAAGAAGAAAUAAGAAGAUGGAUGGCUGACAAGAGAGCACAAAAAAUGGAGGAAUAUAGAAAGCAUCUACACGAUUUAAGAGAACAUGAAGUCAAGCCUUUCAAACCUUCACAAGAUACACACAAGGGAACGUUCAAAGCCGGUGAAUUCAAUGACAGGAAAUUCCAAAACCAAGUGGACAUGACAAGGCGAAUGGCAGAAGCUGAAGAGUUAUUUUUAGAAGCAUUAAGAGACAAGCCUGAAUUGCCAACUUAUCGGGAACGAAGUCCAAAGCGUAAACCAAUUUCACGAGACACCAGUCCUCUUAAAACGAAAAAGCGGUCUCCAGAAAGAUGGGAGAGAAGUCCUAUGGUCUCUGACAGAAGGGGUAUUAGUCCUGGAAGAAAACAAAUUGAUACUACAAGAUCUACUGUAACUAUUUCACCAAAGGUUUCAAGAAAGAUAUAUAGACCAGAUGAGAAAAUACAGUACAGAGAACCAGUGAGGUCUCCAGUCAGGGAAAGACAACCCAGACCACAGCCUAUCAUGGUACAGCCUGCUCCUGAACCAGUUGUUCCUCGCCUUAGACUAAUUGAUUCUGAUGAAUUCAUGAGAAGAAGUCAGGAAACAACAGGUGAUUAUUCUGCUUAUGCCAAAGCAGUAGCUGACAUGGAAGUAACACAAAGUCAAGAGGUCUACAAACCUAGACCUGUGUCCCCACCCCCUAAACCAGCUGGUAAACAGUACAAACCCAAGUCAUUCACAGAGAUGGUGAGACUUCAAGAUCCUUCCAAACUUAAAAAGAAAUUCUCUAAAAUACCUACACCAUAUGCACAGAGGUUAGCUAGUAUGCAGAGGGACACACCUAGAGAGCAUAGUCCCGAGGAGAAAGGAGAAAGGAUAUAUGGAUCAAAUAGAUCUCCCAGUAAGAAGAGUUUUGGUGAACCAUCUCCAAGAACUGUCAAGACCUAUGCAGAGAGAUUACAAGAGAUGAAGUCAAAGAAAACAUAUAACACCCCGAUUAUACCUCGUUCUCAUAUACCUGGUUCUGGAAGAAUGGGAUCGUCAACAGUUAUGCAGAAGAAGAAAACAGGACCACCACACAAACCUAUGACAUAUGUAGAACAGUUACAGAAACUCAAUCAAGGUGCUCCUAAAACUAGGAGUAAAGCAGGUAUGAAGACUUUUGUAAAACCACAGACUUUCCUGAAAUCUCAUAAACCACUACAUAAGUCACAGACAUAUUCUGAACAGUUACAGACUUUACAACCACCUAAAGCCCAGAAAAAGAUAUCCCCUGCCAGAAGUAGGGCUAAGCCCUACCCUUAUCCCUACUCAGGACAGGAACAAUGGGAAGGUGAUUCAGUGGUCAGUUCUUGGUCUGUGGAUGAUAGAGUUAAUAAAAUACUGUAUGGAGAUGAAGCAAGCACUGUGUAUGGAAGUCAGGUAUAUGGUAGCCAGGUAUAUGGAAGCAGGGUGUCUUUUGAAUAUCCAAUGUCUGACGACAUAUCAGAUUACCUCCCGGAGGUUAUGGGAGAGUCUUACGUAAACUCUGUUGAUAUCGAUGAAAUAAUGCGGAUAGCCGAUGUGGCAUCUGUGGGUAGUGGUGAUGUUAUGAGUGUUAUUGACUGGGAUGCAGUAGAUGAACUAAUUAAUGAUGUACACUGAAGAAACUAAGGAAAAAAAAUGUUUAGCAUAACGCAACUGACAAAUAUGAAUGUGGUAAUUUUAGUUACAAUACUGAAAUCAAUAUGUUAGCAUUUAAUUGAUUUAUAAGUGAAGGUUGUGAAUUAACUUUAACUUAUAUAUUCAUCAUGUUUAUACAAAUUAUUUAUUUAUUAUAGUUGUCCGUCCAAAAUACUUUUGUAUUGAUAGUUUUAUAUAUUUAUUAAAAUAUUUU